AUGGAAUAUUUGGCAACAACCUUUCGUUUCGUCACGCUGAAUUGUCAAACACUAUCGAGUGAACUCCAACAAACCGAACUGUCCAGGCUUUUACGAUAUCUCAGCACGCCGUUUGCUGCGCUGCACGAAACACGCACCAGAGGUUGGCCCGUCAUCAGCAUUGAAAAUUACACCAUAUACUGCGGCGAUGUUAAUGAAAGGAAAGUAGUUGGCUGCGCGACAGCUGUGAGAAACGAUUACGACAACCAGUGGAAAAAUAUGGCUCAACGUCGUCUAGAUGCGUCUUCGUACGAGUGCGGAGUCGCAGAGGACGCAAACUAUGGAUCGAAAGUGUUCAUACACCUAUGGAUACCGCUGACGGCAAGGAGACAUAAGCACGCCUUCUAUGAUGAACUCAAUGCAUUGAUGUCUAAAAUACCCAAUUAA